UGGACACCGUCUGUGCUGCCGGUAGAAACGAGGCUGGAGCAGACGCAGCGAGACUACACGCUGCUGUCGAAGGAACAGCGCCGUGAACAUCACGGGAUCCCGGAUUAGUGUGAAAUUAGCUGGUGAGAUGCCAUUCACACAGAGAUAAAGGCCGACCAAAGGUGUGAAGGAACUCUGAUCCACCAUGGGGAAUACACCGUCGAAAAGUGGGAAUGGAGAGGAACCGGCCAAAACAACUUUGUUUAAGCAAGACCCAACUGGGAUAACAUACAGAAUUCCUGCUCUGAUUUAUCUGAGGCACAAUCACACAUUCCUGGCCUUUGCAGAGAAAAGGUCCUCUCCGUGUGACAGUGAUGCCAAAAUUCUUGUCAUGAGAAGAGGAGCUCUUGAAGAUGAUGGAUCCAUACAGUGGUCGUCCUCUCAGGAGCUGGCAACAGCGUCUCUACCGAACCACCGCACGAUGAACCCCUGCCCCGUCUAUGAGAAGAACAGCAAAACCCUGUUCCUGUUUUUUAUUUGUGUCCUCAGCAACAUCCCAGAGCAUCGUCAGAUCAUCACAGGGCGCAACAAGGCCCGACUGUGCUACGUGACCAGCAGCGAUGACGGUCAAACAUGGAGUCAGGUGAGGGACUUGACAGAUAGUGUGAUUGGCAAAACCAUCCAGAGGUGGGCCACAUUCGCCGUCGGGCCCGGCCACGGCAUUCAGCUGGAGAGCGGAAGAUUGAUCAUCCCGGCUUACGCUUACUACAUCCCAUUUAAAUGCUUUUCCUUCCCCAUUCCGUUCACGGUGCACCCGCGUGCGCUCUCAGUUUACAGCGAUGACUUUGGCCAGACGUGGCAAAUAGGCGUGAUGCUUCAGAGAAAGUCAUGUGAGUGUGAAAUGGCAGAGAUCAUAGACCACGAGGGCAGGAGUCAUCUCUACUGCAACGCUCGUAACACCGGCCGGUAUAGGUGGGAGGCUCUGAGUGAAAAUAGCGGCGUUUACUUUGACAAACCCCGCAUGGCUCCGGAGCUUGUUGAGCAGCGUUGUUGUGGCUGUCAGGGUAGUGUAAUUGGCUUCCCAGCUCCUGAAUUUGUACCAAACGAUGAAGCUGAAGGCAAAGGUGCAGGCGGCACAUCGUUGCUGUCCCCCGAUACGCAAACCUGGCUGCUCUUCACACACCCAACCAACAGGAGCAGUAGAAAGGACUUGGGAGUUUAUCUGAACCGCUCCCCCCUGCACUCGUCAGGGUGGGACCCCCCCAGGAUCAUCCACAGCGGACCCAGCGGCUACUCAGACCUUGCUUACAAUCAGGACAAGGAGCAGUUUUCAUGCCUGAUGGAGUGUGGGAAGGAAAGCGAACUUGAACAGAUAGCGUUUGUGUCCUUCACCCUCAGUGAUGUCAUGCAGACGGCCAAAAAGAAAUAGAAAGAAGAAAGUACACUGAGUUCUUGAUGGUUUCAUUUCAGUGUAAACAAAGCUAUCCCACUCGCGCUCUUGAACAUCCUCCUGCAACCUAACUGGGAAUAACUCAAAGCAAAAGGCCCAAAACAUGCUUUGCAGUAUGACGUACACUAGGGCUGAACGAUUUUAGGAAAAGAUCUAACUGCGAUUUUUCUGGCAGAUAUUGCGAUUUCGAUUUUAUUCGCGAUAUUUCUUCAAAUCAAGCUUCAGUGCAAUAUUCACCAUGUACAGUAACAAAUUUAAAAAUAUUACAAAACAUUAAAUGCUAUUUACUCUAAUGCAAGGAUGAAUAAUAAAAAGGUAAGAAUUGCGUCCAACAUGUAUUUAUUGCCAAAAAACGUGCAUGUACAUUCUUUAAAGUCCUUGACUAACAGCAGUUAUUACAACUGAACUAAAAGAGCCAUAUUUGACUGUCUUAUUUUGAAAAAGUAGUGCAAAAAAUCCUUAAUUGUGUAUAGUUGAAAAAAUUUAAUAAAGUAAUAAUAAAUAAUAAAUAAGUGAUAACACUCCACUUUUUUCAGCUCUGUUACAACUUUUUCCUCACACUCCGCGUACAGCUGUGGGAUGGCAGCCUGGCUGAAGUAGGUGCGGGAGGGAAUCAUAUCUUCUGUCCAGCGUGCGGAGGAGGUUUUGAAAUCCGUCUCUGGUGACCGUGUUGACAGACACCAUGUCUUUGGCAGUGUAGUGUGUUAAUGCAGUUGUUAUCUCCUGGUGUCUGCGGCUGCUCUUUUCAUAGGGAGUUACACUAGCAAACGACGCUAGCGUUAGCAUCAGACCUGUCCACGUGUAGCAUGCCGCUUCUGAUUGGUGAGCUUGACAGGGCAUGACGGCGGGAUGGUGGGGAGACGGCAUGUAUGUGUAAAAUAGUUGACACAACAGAUCCGGGGUCAGUCAGGAGCGCUGCAAAAAAAUGCAGCUUUUGCAAUCUCAAGAUCGCAUUAUCUGAAAUCGCAAUUUCGAUCAGAAAACGAUAAAUCGUUCAGCCCUAACAUACGCUAUGAAACAUCUGUCUGUGUAAACUGUUGUUCAAGGUUGUGCAGAUGAUGAUGCAUGAGACUUGUGUUUUGUUCACUACUAGUUUAUUACAAAAAAGAUUUUUAUGCACAGUAUCCUGUUAGGAAGUAAUUCAGAUAUGGGUGAUAGCAUGCAGCUGUAGAAGGAAAGGAAGUAUUUUUAUUUAAUUAGAUGGCCAAUUUUAGCAUGCCAUAUAAGAGUAAAUGUGUUGUUUUGUUUUGUUUUUGUUUUUUUAAACAAGGUACGUGUGUGGCAUGUGUGAUGACCGUUUCAUUCCUGUUUUUUAGUCAUUGUACCCUCUAGGCAGUGGAGAGUUUGCCUACCUCUUAUUUCCAUAUCAAGGUCAUCCCACAGCCUGCAGAGUUUACCGUAGAGUUUGUUCAGUUUUUCUUUUUUCUUUUCUUUUUUUUUUCUUUUUGAUGUUUUCUAUACUUUGAUUCACAAAUGCCUUGUAUCCACUGGUUAGACUUAAGCCAUGUCAUGGCCUAUCUGGCCAAAAGCCUUUCAUAUUGUGGCCAAACAUUGCCAAAGUGUGCCACACACUCCGACACAAAAGAUGCACAUUUCUUGAUUCUAAACAGGAUAUUUCCUUUUAAACAGUCAGAAAUGUUUGUGCGGCGUCCAGGUUACGAUUUCUUUGGGGAAUUAAUUUAAUCUCUGUUUCACUAAUAACGUUCUGGGACAAGAAGAAAGAAGUUACUAAUCGUCUGCCAUUUGCUUUACUGUUCUCUCAAUUUAGUACUUAAACUAAAAGCUGAUUGUGUUUGUGAGAUGCGCUUGCUUUUUUCCAGUCUUGUCUUUUGGCUUGUUCUUGGCUUGUUGGCUAAUCAAUAGAGGCACAAAUUAAACUGUACCACACCACUGAAGCCCAGCAGGGCUAAAUAUAGUUGAUGGAGAAAAGAUCAAUGCCACCUGUGGAUGCUCUUACAUUUACUGUCAAUAAGUAACUUCUGUCGUAAGAACUUGGCUACUUUGCACUGUUGAUACACUGUUGACUAACACUGUGAAUUUUAUGACUUAUUCUUUUUUAAAAAGCAAUAUUUCACUUGGUUAUAACUUAACUCAAUUUUCUAUUUUUAUUUUUUCAUUUUCCAGCACAGUUAACAUUACUUCAUUUAAAGGAACCUUUAUACAUUUGCUGCCCCUGGAACAGUAACUUGCUUACCCUCUUCAGCCAUUUCUUUAUUUUUAGUAUUUGCAUUGUUAUAUUCCAACAGGCAAAAUUGCCUGUUUAAACAGGAUGAUUUAAAAAAAAACUCAAAGAACUCAAAGAAAUGUAAUUAAGCCCUGCUUUAGUUAUAUGACUAUUCAUAAACCCACAUAAAUACAAAAGCACUUAAUGUUGAACUGAGAUGAAACUUUGCAGUUGUUUUGAUUUCAGUUAUCUUUUGUUGCACUUCCUUUUUUAUUAUUUUUUUUAUUAUUAUUAUUUUUCACUUUAUUAUCUUGGUAUGUUGUUUGUUCACUGUAAGUUAACUGCACAUGGUGUUUGUUGUCACAUUGCUUCUGCCACAAAAAAGUGAUCUAACUGGGGCAAUAUAUACUGCAUUAUUAUAUUCAUCAUGUAAAUGAGAUUUUUUUUUUUUUUUAAAGUGUUAUGCUCACAUCGUCGUGACAUGACGUGUCUUUAGCUACCUCCACAUUCCUCUUUACUUUAAGUCCUGAAGUUGUGACCAAAACGCCUCAUGGUCCCCCAUUCAGUGCUAGUUUGAUGGUGUUUUUGUUGCCUGUUGUGGGAAAUGACAAAACUUGCAUGAAACAUGUAAUUUAGUUGAAAAUAAAUUUAUCUGGUGAUUGCUUGUUGCA